AUGACGCCGAACGUCACCGACAACGCUACGGUUCAACACCGGUUCAUGCACGACCUCGGGAGCCCUGCCCAGAUUGCCGAGAUCCUGACGCUGAGCGUCAUCCUAAUCGUAGCAUUAUCGGCAAAUAUCGUGGCUUUCACUACGAUCGUUCAGGAUAGGAAACUGAGGAGUAAUCCACAUAACCUUCUCGUACUGAACCUCAUAGUGAUGGAUUUGGGUAUCGCUGUCCUCAGCAUGACUUUCUCCAUGAUUUCAAUCUUUGAUGGCGGUCGGCUUCUCGAGGCUUUUCCAAUCUUAUGCAAGAUCAAUGGCUUUGGCGCUUCUAUGUGCACCAUAGGAAACUUCGCGACUGUCUUGUUCAUUUCAACUGACCGGUUAAUGGCGGUUGUUUGGUCUGCUCGCUAUCCGUCUUCCCGUAAGCGGGUAACCGUCAUGAUCGUCAUCAUCUGGAUCAUUUCGCUAUUGGUCGGCAUAGCACCGUUGACUGGUGAGAUUCUGCUUCUUUUGAUCCAUCAGACGAUGUACGGAAUUCUAAGAUUAUCAUAG